CUCCACGACGCCUCAGGGGAGUCACGCACCACGGCGAUCGCCCCCGGUGUUCCGACGAUCAGUUUCAGGGCAGGGAUCCUCGAGACGCACGUCCGACACACGAAGGAUUCGUAAUCUGAAGCGGUGAUAAGGGGCGGAGGAAGGCCAGACGAGGAGGCCUCCGAUGCCGCGUCAUCAGUUCGGGUUCGGGCUCAGGCGGGGUCUCAUCGUCGGGGCGCGUGCGCAACAUGCAACAGGACUCGUGAAACCAAUCCUCGCACGACAGGCAUUGGAUCAUCGGCUCGCGUUCCGUUUUCGCGUCGUAGGGUCGUCCGCAGCGGCAGAACUGGUUCUGGAAGUUCUGGCCGUACGUGUUAAGGGCGUUGACGGGUUCGGGUUGGGGACUCGUGUGAUGGAGAGUGCAUGCGUGCGCAAUGGCUUCAGUAGGGCAGUCGCAGCGGAAGUUGCGUUUCGGAAAGCUGUUUUAAACAGAGCAUUCUGAGCCUUAAAUCGAGUGAGA